AACCUCCCUUCGUGAAAAGACAACAACGGUCAAACAAUACCUGAAACGGUGCUGUAUCGUCGUUUUUUUUUGUUUCGAUCCUCAUCUCAGUAAUAKCAUUGAAUUACCUGGCAAAGGCCGUUGGUACCGUAUGAUCCAAUAGACAAUAUCKUAAGAUCGACGACCCAUAAAAGUAUUUCAAUUUAUUUAGGAAGGUGGUGUUACAAUCAUUGAUAAUACGAACUACCCCUGCUCUACUUGUGCCACAGUCUAUUAUCUCUGAGGACGAUGACGAUGCAGAGACACACAGGAUCUGGAAGCCUUUCUGACUAUGUCGGAAUGGCUGCAAAUACGACCCAGAGUUCCGAUCGUUCUACGGCCGGUGGCUUGGGGGCUCUUUCUGCUGCUGCUACUAGUGCUUCCUCCUCCGCAGCUGCCGCAGACGCUGCAGCAGCGAGGACGGCACUGGGACUSUUGACAAGCUCCAGCAGCCUCGGCAGCAUCCAUUCGGACCAUGCACCCAUCACCUCUCUUUCGCGGAACGCAAGCCUAGGAAACAACAGCUUUCGAUCUUCCCUCUUGCCCUCCUCGCAGGCCAAUCCGAACGGGCUAUGGGGGCGUUCUGCAACUCUCAGUUCUAUGCCCUUGCUAUCGCCUUCUGAAUUAACAGGUACUGCGGACGGAGGAGGCAGCGAAGCCCUCCAAGCAUUGAUGGAUGAGCACCGAAAGCGWCGAUUGCAAGGUGAAUUGAAAAAUGCAUUUAUGGGUCCAGAGCAGAUAGCCCAACAAGCAAAAGCCGAUCUUUUACAGUUUCAACCCAAGAAACGGGCUCGAACCAUGCUGGCAGAAUCCACCAGCAACGCCACAGCAGCAGUUGCUGCUGCUGCCCUAGAAAGCAGCCAAAAGAAAUCAGCCCUAUCGUCUUACUUAGGUUCCACCUUGGGCACGGAUAACUCUACACUCUCCGCAGCUGCUGAAUUGGCACAGAAUUCACUUUUGUUACGUGGUACGAGUGCACCCGGGAGCACGUCUGCUGCGAGUCGUCUUGCGUUGGCAAGCAGUGGCAUUACCGACCUCAACUCCUCACUGGCCAGUUUGGGUGGUGCUGGUAGCAAUCUUUCUAACCUAAUGCACCUCGAACAGAUUGUGCGAAAACAACAGCUUCAGGAGAUUCAUCAAUCGAUCCAAAGGGAGAAACUGGAAGCGCUUCAACGUCUCUCGUCGUCGACACAGGAUGUUCUCCAUGAUAAUGCACUUCUAGAGCUGGUGCUUCGCCAACAACAGAAGAAUGCACUCUCUUCUAUUGGAGGAGGAAAUAACACUGCAGCACUUGAGGCUCAAAUUAAAGCACUCAGAAAUCAGCAGCAACAAAUGCACCUUCAAAAUGCGAACGCUGGUCAAAAGGCUGAUAAUAUCGAUAAGCAGCAUCGACAGCUUUCGAAGGAAGAAUCGGCUGUUGCCAACUUUAUGAGGAAAAAUAGCGCAAAUAAAAAUAAUAGCAGCGGGCUCGCAAGUCUUUCCACGGCACAAAUUCAGCAGAUGAUUGCAAAUCGCCAAAUUCAACAAGACGAGAUGCCUCUACCCCCAUCUUUGAUCCCGGCCGUAUCAAGUAUGGAUUCGGUUGCAAUUAUGCAAAUGCUUCUACCGAAAAACAGAAAUGCACAAAAUCCAAACGGUGCAAAUUUCCCUAUCAACAGCGUUGGAGUAGGCCAAAACAGCGCAGCCUCUGCGUUGCUGCCCACGUCUCUGGCAUCUACCGCCUCAGCUCCACUGGCCAAUUUGUUGACGCCGGGACCCUUCAAUCCGAACUCCAUGGCAGCAAAUAUCGGGAUGUUCGGAGGCCUAGGUGGAAACAGCGCGAAUGGUUUGGGGAUGAUUCCCCGAUCAAUUGCGGCUGCGAAAAUAGGAGCAGCUGCACAUAUGGGUGCCAACGGCGUCGCGCUCCACCCCAGUGCCUCGGACCUCAUUUAUGAGCAGCGAAGGCUUGCGACUGCUGCCGAAGUAUCCAACACGGUGCGCGAUUCGUCGGUUGGCAAGCCCCCCGAUGCAUUUGUCGAUCGUGAUCCGGAUGGGCGUGCUAGGGAUYUGCCUACCCUGUUAGUCGUUCCCAUGGAUCACAUGCAGCUCUCCUCGCACCAAACACUGCUGAGAUACCAGAUCGAAGUAUUCCGAGCCGGCGAGGAAGACACGUCGACACACACACGAGGGCGAAACAAACCGGUGCAGCUGGGUCAGAUCGGAAUUCGGUGUCGUCACUGUAAGGUGUUACCAGUCUGUCGUCGAAAGCGGGGAAGUGUUUACUUCCCACGAGCCGUUGAAGGCUUCUACCAGGCAGCCCAGAAUAUGAAUUCUACUCACCUACAAACAGGCGAGUGCCCGCUGAUGGGGGAUGCCCUCCGUCGAGAGUUUGCGAAUUUGAUUGCCACCCGAGGCGUCUCGACGGGUGCAGGGCGAGCCUAUUGGGCGAAGCAAGCAAGGAAAUUGGGUCUAAGAAAUACGGAAAAUGGAAUUGUCUUCGACAAAACCAGGCCCGAAGAAGAAGAGGGAAAAAAGGACAGCAAAGACAAAAAGACCGAUGAUAGCAGCGACAAGGGUACCGAAGACAAGGAUUCUACCACGAAGAAACCCGAAAGCACUGAUUAGAGCCGAUUGAUGGAUCGACGUACACAUUUUUGAUGAACUGACAUUGUGCAAACAAUAAGAUGUAUCUGCUUGAAAAGAAAGUCCUUGCGGAUGUCCGUGAUUAAAAACMGAUAUUCUCAAAUAGGUAACGGCCACAACUUUGACGAAGAAAUCCUGUUAUCUAAAAUAAAUGGCAAUUUUGUAU